AUGGUGGAGAGAGACUGGAAUUUGACGAUGAAGAAGUCGAGCGAGAGGAGUUUCAACUCGAUGAACUAUUGCGCGAAUUUCAAAACGAGCCGUCGAUUCAGCACCACCAGUUGCCUGAGACUGAUGACGAAGCAGAAGAUGAUGGCGAAGCUAGAGCUUGAAGCAGGCGGUGAAGGUCGAGAGAGAAUGGUCACGAGAAUAAGUCGUGGUGAUGGGUAUUUGUACAAAGACCAGACUUUCUUCAACGGAGUAGCUUUCAAAGAGAGUGUCCUCGACUACGCCCUUAGAACAAGGUGGAAUAUCAGCCAAUACAGGUACGAUAAGGAUAAGAUUGGAUUUGAAUGUGCUGGUAGAGCAGUUUGCAAGACUAAAGAUUAUGCAGCCGAGAUAGUAGAUUCAAAUCCGGGUUCGUCUGUGGAAGUUUGCACAACUCGGAAUGAUAAAGGUGAAGAUGUGUUCUCGAGAUUCUAUGUUUGCUUUGACGUGCUCAGAAAAACAUGGAAGGAUAGUUGUAGGCCACUAAUAGGACUUGAUGGUUGCUUCCUUAAAGAGAGAAUCAAGGGACAGCUAUUGGUUGCUUUAGGUCGAGAUGCAGACAAUGCCAUUUAUCCAAUAGCCUGGGGUGUUGUAGAGGUGGAAAACAAUGAGAACUGGCAGUGGUUUGUGCAGAAGCUGAAGGUUGAUUUGGAUCUAAAAGAUGGUGACGGGUUCAUUGCUGUUUCAGACCGCCAUAAGGGAUUAGUAAGAGCUAUUAAGAUUGAGUUACCAAAGAUGGAGCAUCGUAAGUGUGUAAGACACAUCUACGGGAAUCUGAAGAAGAAACAUAAGAGCAAAAAGCAGAUGAAGCAACACAUAUGGAGGCUAGCUUGGAGUUACAAUGAAGCCAAGUUUCAGGUGAACUUGGACAGGGCUUUUUACAAGCUAGGCAAUUACUGUGAAGACGUUGAAAACAACUCGACAGAGUCUUUUAAUGCCUCAAUAAACAAGGCCAGAGAGAAGCCAUUCAUCCCUAUGCUUGAAGCAAUAGCAAGGCUUGCCAUGGCACAUAUUGCCGUAAGGUCGAGAAUAUCUCAUGAGCAUACAGUAAUCCCACGAAAAUGUACACCAUAUGUGAUUGAAAAGCUAGCAAAGCAGCUUGUAGAUAAAGAUAAGAAAGAUGGAGCCAAAAAGUGUGUUGUGACUAAAAGUGUUAAAGGGUUCUUUUCUUCAAUGCUGAAUGGACAAACUCACCGUGUAAGUUUGGAGAAUAGGACAUGUUCUUGCAGGAAGUGGGACAUAACUGGAAUACCAUGUAAGCAUGCUCAUGGUGUGAUGUUGAAGCUGAAGCUUGACCCUGAAGACUAUGUCUGUUAUGGUUCCGGACACCUAUGUGGAGAAGAAACUACACUGACGGACUUAUUCCAGUUAGGGGUUCGAGGUUUUGGCCAGCAACAGAUGCUCCGGAUGUACAUGUACCUCCUCCUAAAGAGAAACCAGCUGAAGAAGAAACCGGGACUGAAGCAGCAACAGAACCAGGAAAAGAAGCAGGGAAGAAGAAGCUCACCAAGGCUGACAAGACAAGAAAAAAAGGUGUUAAUGAGUCUCCAACUAAGAAGCAACGAAAGGAGAAGCAAAGGAUUAUGCAUUGUGGAGUUUGUGGUGAGGCUAAUCACAACGCUAGGCAUCACAAGGCGAAUUCUUCACAGACAUUGUUGUUGGAGGGUCCUCAAAGUCACGUUGAAUCCUCUCAAGGAACCCUUACUCAAGAUUGAGUUGACAUCUACUUUUGGUCUUUGGACUUAG